AUGACAUGCCGACGAGAAAUAGUUAAAGAUGACAACGUAUUUGUUGAUGUUAAUGGCGAUGACAGAAAUGAUCCUUCGUGUUGUAGUAUUGUAAUGAAAGUGAUGGCAGUUGGUGGUGGUGCUAGUAGUGAUGAAGAUGAGGAUGAUGGUGGUAUUGUAGUGAUAUUAUGUUGUGGUUUCGGCAUCAUUGGAAAGCAAGCAAAAAUAUAA